UACGUUUUUAGUAGCUAUAUGAGGAUUAUAGUCAUUAUUCAAAUGAUGAUAUCAUGCAAGUCAUUUGUCUUUGACUCAUAAUGUGGGGAUUUGCAGGGAGAGUUUCGCUGGCGCUGGAAUCGUGCGGAAAGGCGAUGCCACUACAAUUGAUGCAGCUAAACAUCAGUGGGUAAGGCCAUCUUCCAGACAACAGCGCGGUAAAUGACAUGAAAGCAACGUUACAGCACGGUGCACGUCACUAAGGGGGACAGCACAUAGCCUACAGCCAAGUGGACAGCAAUGGCACCGAUAAGACCAAACGCGAAACGCAUCGAAUUUGCGGAAGUGAGCGAGCGGGUGGGGCCUCGACGGUAAUGUGACCACAGACGCCGUUAGGAUUGCGUGAAACGAAGCGUUAUGUAUGACCCUACGAAGACCCGAGGAGGAUUUUAAGACCGGACCCGAAAUAAGACGAGGACGUGCGCAAUGUUGAAGGAGCGACUGAAAUAGUGUUGAUAUGCACUAAUUGCUGGCGCUGAGUGAGGGGUCUAACUAACUAACACCAAGAGGAUUACCAUCAUCAUCAUCACCAUCUUCACACGAGCGAGAUCUCAUGACUGGAAGCAAUGUGAAACGCUGAUAUCGCUCAUUCCUUCAGUAUAUUGAGGAAUAAUAAUGAACAACGCGCAAGAUAUGUCUCCCGAUUUUGUCUUGAUGCGCCUGGUCUCCGCGGCCGAGGACGACCGCUUGGACGAGGAGAAUGGGAAUCUGUCGUCGGUGGCUAUCAAGGGGAACUUUGAAUGCACACAGAAUCACGGCCACAUCUCGGCGGUGAACAAAGCUCCGCAGGCCAGCGGAACGGAGGCACCUGACUCGGGAGGGAUGGCGAACAGACCUGCGCUGUCUGCGCCGCCGCCUCCUCUUCAUUCAGCCGAGGCCCACGGGUACGAUCUCACGCACCGAGGUGGAAUGGGGCCUCAGCUGUUGGUGUUCAGAAACAUAUCGAGAGACUCCGAGGGAUUCGUCGAGAGCAGAUCGGAGGAACAGCGGAGAGCUUUUGAGGACCAAGCGGCGCUUGCUUCCGAGUCUGGCGCUGUGGAUGCUCAGCAUCCGCCUACAUGGACGCUGCAUCCGCAGCUCAAGCUGCCAGUGGUUGCUACGGACACGGAUGGAGCCGAGCUGUGCCACCGGCAUCGCUUGAUCACCGACAACCAAGACUGGCCGCCGGUGGUGGAUCACAAAACGAGCUCGGUGACGGCGCAGCGGCAGCUCCAUCAGCUGCCCGACGGUCCUGUUCUGGAGCUGGCGAGGAAAUUCGGCGAGCUGGGUGUCGCUCCGGUUCCCGAGUUUCUCCUCAAGGAUGGCGAGCUGCAGCGCUGCUCGUGUCAAAGCGUGCUCGGCUCGGCUGGAAUCAGACAAGGAGAGGACCCGACCGAGACCAGCGAUGCGCUGCUGGUGCUGGAGGGCCUCGGGUCAGAGGAGGUGAACGGCCUGGGCAUCAAUGCGUGCCAGAAGACCGAGUCUCAGAACGCGGAGCCGGGUGCUUUUGCGCUCAAGUGUUUCCCUUCGGUGGUGUCCGGGGGACUUUGCUCGCCGGCGUGUUGCUUGUUACGAGACUCUGUAAACACCAGGCCUCAGGCUCCUGCCAGCGACAGACUGACUCCAGAGGUCCCGACCCAAACCAAACCCAGCCAGGGCACCCCGUGCUCCAGCCAGGCGUCGACGCCGAAGUCCCGGCCGGACCGGAGCGCGACCCGGGCGCAUCUUUCCCCUGCGAGCGGAGGAGAGAAGACUCUGAAAGUACCAGGGAAAUCCAGGAAGGGCUCGCUUAAAAUCCGUCUGAGUAAACUUUUCAGAACUAAAAGCUGUAGUGGCUCUAACAACCUUUUGGACAAGAGACCUUCAGUCACGUUCUCCAUAUCCUCUGCGGGCAGUUUAGUGGACAUGUCCGGAGCGAGCGGUGGAGAACAAGACACGGCCAGCCAGCCUGGACUAACAAGAGCACAAAGUGCUUUUUCUGCGGCCUCUUUUACUUCCGUUUUUACAGGAGAGACCGUGUCCUUGGUUGAUGUGGACAUCUCUCAGAGAGGCAGGAACUCCCCUCAUCCUCCCACUCCUCCACCUCCCCCUCGACGGAGCCUCAGUCUGUUAGGUGAGCCCCACUACAGAUGUUACACACCUCCUCCAUCUCCUUUGUUUCUGCUCUCCUUCAUUCAUACCUUUCACAUCUCCAUCUGUUUCACACUCUCGAAAUAUUUCUCCCCCAUUCUUCGCCGUAUAUUACUUUAUCCUUCGCACUGA